CAAAAUGUCGCUCAGAAAUGGCUGAUAGUGAACGAGAAGAAAAGCUUGCUGCAGCCAGAAAACGGCUGAAGAAAUUUCAGCAGAAGCGAACACCAUCUUCAAGUCCUGUCGUAAGGAAAAAUAGUAAAAACAAACCCUUGAAUGAGUCUAAUUUUAGUGAUGUUAAAUCUGAUUCUGUUGSUGAGUCRUCUACAGGUCACUUGGAUAUUCAGGAUAAAAAUGCUUCAUUAAAUGACACCAACACAAUUGAUAUUUCAAGCAAUGACAGAAACUCCAUAACUGUAAAUUAUGAAAAUAAUCAAAGUCCCAAGCAAAAGACUUUCUCUUCUUUGUUCAAUGAGAACAGCUAUGAACACGGCACUCCAUCCUCCAUCACAAAUGGACAGUCAUCAUCCCACAGCAAUGGUUCAACUGCUGAAAAAAUUAGACAAAUCUGCAAUCAACUGAAUGGAUUGACCAAUCAGGAUUUCAUGAUCAAUGGUGAAGAUCCUGUAAUCACAGAGAUUGAAGCCUUAGAGGCUCGUAAUCAUGAGUUAGAGGAAGCCUUGCAGUCUUACAAAAGAUCAAAUGACCACUUAAACAACCAAGUUAAUGAGCAGAGAAAGCAAAUUCUUCAUUUUCAAGAUCAAAUUAAAAAGGAAAGAACAGAAUUGGCAAAUCGGCAGCUGUUGGAACAAAGAACAUURAAGGAACAGCUAGAGGUCCACAUACAAACCAUUGGAAUACUAGUUGGUGAAAAACAAGAACUACAAGGAUCUUUGUCACAAUUACAAAGAAAACUAGUCAAUAAAGAAAGUGAAAACAGUGAACUUUCWGGCCGACUGCAAGCAGUCAGGCAAAAAAUAGUGGAGCUGGAAAAAUCCAAUGCAGGUCUAACAGCCAACUUAGACAAGUAUAAAGAAGAUUUCCACCACGUCAGGCAAGAAAGAGAUAAGUAUCAAACUGCAAACUAUACACAUGGAAAGAACAAUGAAGACCAACUACAACAGAUAGAAGAACURAAGAUAAAACUGGAUACAAAGGUAUCGGAAAACGAGAAACUCACCAAGUCUAAUGAUGAAAUAAGUUUUAAACUUACCCAAGCUGAGCUUAUUGUACAACAGCUUUCAACUGAACCAUCGGCUGCUUCAACACAGUCUCUUGUACAACAGCUGCAGGAAGAGAACAAAGAACUUGAAAAUAAACUUGAACAGGUUAGCAGGUCCCUGAAAAACUAUCAAUUAGAUAAUGAAGAGCUUCAACAAAGACACACUGAUGAGACAGACCAGUUUGAGAACAGAAUACGAAGCCUGAAGGAACAGGUCAAUGCUCUGGAAUCAGAAAAGAGAGAAUGGGAAAGCAAAGAGAUGCAGCUGCAAGAAAAYAUGCAAUCCCUUAGUAUACAGCUAGGAGAAAUCCAAGACGAGGAAGCUAUAAAAAGGCAAGAGGCAUCGUCCAUGGUAGCAGCACAAAUACAGAAACUCGCAGAAGAAAAGCAGCAACUAGUAGACCAUCUACAGAGAGAGGCUUUAGAGAACGACAUGCUUAAAAAAAUCGAAGCCAAGUAUCUCCACCARAUCCACGAGCUUGAACUGAACCUUAGCAGGCUUGAGGAAGAUGCCAGGGACAGAGCAUCGUUACUCGAGAGCGUUCAGAGCGACAAAGAGACAAUUAGCAGAGCGCUUAAGCAAAAUAAAGACUUAAAAGAACAACUUGAGCAAAUAGAGGAGAGAUUCGUUCAAAUGACGAAUGAUAACAUGGAGCUUACCAACCAGAGAGACAACGAAAAACAUGUCGCUAGAGAAUUAGCGAUUAAGCUGAGUGAAACUGCCGUGGAAUUGGAAGAAACAAAAGACAAGUUAUCUAGAAGCGAAAACGAGCUGGCGUCCAGUAACGGAGAGCUUAGUUCCGUCAAAGAUCAGCUCAAUGGCUCAAGUACUGAAGUGGAUUCCUUGCGUACACAGAACGAGCUUGCUAUUCAGCGUCUACAAGAGCAGUUAAGUCAUAAAGAUUUUGAAAUUUCUUCUCUAAGGGAAGAAGUGACAACCACGUCACAGCGACUUGAAGCAACUCAAGUACAGUCCAUUGAGUAUUACAAGCAGUUCGAGGAACAAACUCAGAAAAUGAAUUCAUUGUAUCAACAUUUGAACACAUCAGAGGAGACGAUAUCACAGCUAACUUCUGAAAACAAACACCUGAGAACAAUCCUUGAGACUCGUAACGACUCGGCAUCAGAUCGUACGGAAAGCGCUAGCAGUCUCGACGAACAGUCCGAACAAGACAGCGCGCCUCUUAAUGGUGAAACACACGCCAAAGAUGAAGAUUUCAGCGACGACGAAUCGUUGCAUAUCGAUGGAAAAUUGUCGCCUCAAGAUGCUCAAAGCAUUACACCAGAUAUCAAGAUAUCGGAAGGGUCAUAUAUCAAUGGGGACGUAUAUGAUAGGUCUAAAGAGGAUACGGACUCAAGUGAGGAGAUGGAUAUGGCUCCUCGUGAGCACCAAGCCAGUCCUCAUCAAUUAUCGAAGUACACAAGUAGAGAAGACGUGGUGGAGGGUCUAUCAGUAUCAAUUCGCCAGCUUGAAAUGGAGCGUGACCAACUGACUCGCCUGUUACAAACCUACCAAGAAAACCACCAGCGCGAUUUACAGAGACUACAAGAACAUAUGGAGCUACAGUUACAGCAACAGCUACAGCAGCAAUAUCGAAAUGUCCAGGAACAAUUCCAACAAACACUACACGAACAGCAGCAAAAGAUAAUCCUGCUUCAAGAAGUUUUACAGAAACAAAAAGCAAAGAUAGAGAAGCAAUCCGAAGAAGAAGACAUUCAAUCAAUGGAAGACAAUAGUGUUUCUUACGAGGCGCUGAAGGUCGCUUUCAGUAAAUUACAGGUUCGGUUUAAAGAUCUCAUGAACGAGAAAGCAAGUCUUCAGGACAAAGUACAGGAACUCGAGCAUCUCACUGAUCAAUUGGCAUUUGAAACUGAAACCAUCGAGGAAUAUGUUACAUUAUAUCAGACACAACGCGCUUCACUCAAGAAGUACUACCAUGAACGUGAAAAGAUUAUAACACAGUUAUCGAAUGAGAAAGGCGAUAUGCAGAAUAAAAUAUCACAAUUACAGUCUCUGGUAAGGCAACUCAUAGAAGAACGCCAAACUCUCCAACAGCAACAACAACAAAUGCAAAACAUCGUCAAUAAACGCAUGCUGGCACAUGAACACGAGAAUCUCAUCCCAACAGAACACGUGACACUCGAAUCAUCGAUCGACGACUCGAUUCUAAAAACAGACGAGGAUUCUUCUUUUAAUAUGGACAAUUCUUUAGACAGUGGACGAGAGAGUCCUUUACAAGACUUUGAAUCUUAUCAACCAAAAGACGACGGUACAACUCGACAAAUAUUACAGUUACUCGAACAAUUAGGGCCCACUGAGGAAGGUGGGAUGAGUGGUUGGUUGUCACCUGAAGUUCGGAAUAGAGACUUCUUGCCGUGUCGAUACUGCGCCGAAAGUCGAUUAAUACAGAUUUAAUCAUUUGGUCUAAUUUAUUAUGAAGGGUUGGUUGUGUAUUCUGAACUUUGCAUUCUGUUGGCGAAUACGAAGACGAAAUUCGAGAAGAAUUAAAGCGUAGCCAUGAAACGUCCUGGAGGACGUUUGGCUGAAUGUUUCGUCGCUUACAUCGGAGAAGAUCAACAGAGUUCAAGGUUCUAGUGGAUUUCACGGAUAAAAUUUGGUCAAUGAUAAUUCCCCGUCAUUCCAGGGGGGUCGGUGGGGCGUGGCAUGCUUUCUAUUUAAAUUGAGACUCACUAUGCAUUCGACGUCUCAAUGAAUUUAGAUCGAAUGUUAUGGAAUAGAUAAUAAUGAAUAKACUUAUAUCAUAGAUAUUUUUAUUACGUAAAGGAAAGGCGUACAAAUAAAUAUAAUUGUUCGUGAUCAACAACACAA